CAUUUUGCGGGUUGUAUAAAAAAACACAAGCGAUGUAAAAUUGAAAGGAACGGUCGGCUACCUUGUGACGUUAUAAACACGCGACGCUUGUUCGUCAGUCACGUGAGGCAGGGCGUGAAGAAAGACAACAGUGUAAAUUCAACUGCACUGCCCGAAAAUGACCACCGCUCUGACCCAGGGUUUGGAGAGAAUACCCGAUCAGGUUGGGUAUUUGGUUAUUAGUGAGGAAGGCGUGCUUGCGUCUGCAGGAGAGCUGGAAAAUGACGAGCACGCAGCAGGAGUGAUCAUGCAGAUGGUCAGAACAGCUUGUCGUUUCAGAUUGCAUGGGACAGCCGAGCCCCCUUUUAAACGCAUGUCAGUGAUGUUUGAAGACUACGUUUAUGCCGUGACCAUAUCUGGACAGAAAGUUUUUGUAGUCAAACGGCAGAACAACCAGCGGGAACCUGUUAUUGUGUAAAGACCGUAAUAUGGACUGAUCCUACCCAUUAUUACAAGCUCAAAAUGGUGCCCUCACGUUGAAAUUACCCCGCCAUUACAACUAUCUGAUGUUUAGCACAAUCACAGUUGAUUUCUUUUGUAAAAGACUUGAUUACAACGAUUUGGUGGUGGUGUCAGGUGUGUUUGACCUGACCCCAAGUAAAUUAAUGUGGGGUUUUUUUGUUUUUUUUUGUAUGAUUACAACGUUACAGACUGGUUAAAGGAUUCAUCUUCUGUCUUUUAAUGCAGGAGUAAAUGCUAUCAAUGUUUUAGACCCCAUUUAUGCUUGAGUGGUCACAUUUAAGGUAUUACUGGAGUUCAUUAUAUGUGUGCAUUUAAAUUUAACUCAUACAACCCAUUAACCUACGGUUUCCUUAUAAUAAAUACCUGCUUAUAGCAUCCUGUUUUUAUGCAGGAAUCAUAAUAGACUCGAUUAUGUAUACAAACACAUGCAUUAGCCACGGUUUUUCUUCGACAAUGUUACACUGGGUGUUAUAAUUUUGUUAAAUUUCAUAUUCCACUUUUAACGUAAAGUGAGAAACCUUGGAGUAAGGUGUUAAGUUAUUUUCCGUGGGGUCUGUGAAAGCAGAAAUUGAAGUGCACUGAACGAAUCUUGCAGUCUAUUUCUAAAUGUGUUCAAUUAACAGGCUUGAAAUCUUAUCUUUGAAUAACUGCAUUAACAAUAAUAUAUUAAAUAAAGGACUAUGCAUAUUUUACUUUC